AUGGCGGCUAAUCAUCUGGACAAGAUCGGCGAGAAUGUUGAAAUCAUGCUUGGAAUCAGCGGCCCUUCGCAUUCGUCUUCGGCCUCUCUCCACGCGAACUUCAUGAGGUGAUUCUCUUCAUGCGUGAAGUUUAUUAGAAUUAAACUCUAGUUGCCAUCUUCCUAUUUCAUGUUGAGAGUCCUGCAUAUGUCAGUUUUCGGAGGAUGGGAAGGCCUAUUUUUUAUAAUAAUUUCCGGGGCUCCUAUCACCCUCGAUUUGAAUGUGAAUGGAACAGCUACAUCUACGAUGUGAUGAGAAAACAAUAAAAGAAAAAAGGAAAUAAAGAAGAGGUAGUAAAAGAGGGACGGAAAAAAAAUAAAAUGUUUCCUAGUGUAGUCGACUUAAGGGUAGACAAUUCAAGGAACAACCCAGUCGAGAAGAUAAGUCAUUAUAUCCCAAUUUUAAAAACUGGACCCCAAUUUUUACAGCUCUUAUUCGAGUUAUAGAUUACUGCAACUUUAUGUGGUGGUUAUGUUGUGAUUAUUUUCCAUUUCAGUGACUGUAGACCACACGAAGAGAGGAUAAAGUUGUCUCCACGGUCCUCCCAGCUCUCUUUCUGUGUAAGCUUCAUACUUUCUUCUAUUAUACACAAAAAUAACAGAUUUUUAUAUGGGGUGCUAGAAAAUAUGUGAAAUCUCCGCUGGAUAAUCAAAAUCACGGUAUAGGAACAUUACAGCAUCUGUCUAAUAGUCCAUGGAAUUGAAAUAUUCUAUGCCUUGUCCGGUGCUUGAGCUGUGUUCUUCCUUCACAUUUAAUUAUUUUAUUAUUUUUUCUUAUCUCAAAACACUUAUUUUGAAGAAAAAAAUUGUAUGGCCGCACCUUCGAUUCAUUUGGAUAAUCCAUGUAGGCUGGCUCCAAUACCACUGCAUUAGAAGAAACUUCAAAUCCAAAGGCCGUUCCAGUGCGUUUUAUAUUUUUGUGCAUCGAAAGCUAAGAUGGCAAAGUGAUAGUUGAAACUACAUGUCUUCAUUUCCUUAAUAAUUUCCAAUGAUAUUAAAAAACAGAAAAUUGGAUCUGCAUGAGAGAGAUUUUCCCUAAAAGUGGCAUUUUAUAUUACUUCUCGACUUUCGUAAAAAUAUUCUUGAAGAGCAAUCUUUAAGUAUAUAGUUUGGAAAAUUAUAGUGUCUAUUUUUUUUUCUCUCCUUAUGAUAUUUUCUCCCCUGUAAACCGUUUGAUCGAACCAUGAGCUGAUUCAUAUGUCAACUCAUGCAGUUCAUUGUCCAUGUGCUUUUAAAAUCUCUCCUUCAAACAGCGAUAAAACCAAAAAAAUAUAUUUUAUAGUUUUCAUAAAUGGCAUGGUCAAUUGAGGGUCCUAUGAAUCAUCUUUCUGGAUAUUUUUGGUAUAUAAUUUUAGUAUUUAUGAUGAAUAUAUUAUGAUUCGCCAUAUGAUUUUAGUUUAUGCAUUCUAUGCUUGAAGAGAUUGCUUAUGCGCCUUAGAUCUUUGGAAUUUGAAAUAUUGAAAUAUGUUUUCUAUGCUUUCUGCAGCCUGCUACAGAACUGGUCAAAGAGAUUGCAACUCUUGAGCUUGAAGUUUUACAUUUAGAACGAUAUCUUCUUUCACUAUAUCGGGAAACGUUUGACCAUUUCCAAGCCACCUCUCUGAUUAAAGACCAAGUCCGUAAGCUCCCCUCAAUAUGUGGGACAGGGCCUUCCAUAAGCCAAGGGGAGGAUAAAUCUAAACUAAUGAGUUUGCAUCUGCCAUCUUCUCUCCCUAACUCGGCCAAAAGCAAAUGGAACGAGUCACAGAGCAUUGAGGAUAUCCGUAGGAAGAGAGGGAUUGAAUUUCAAGACCUAUGCUGCAAAUCAAGUCAUAAUUUAGCUGAUUCGAAAGAUAUACGUGUUCCUGCGGCGGGAAAUAAUUCAACUGUAAGUGGAUACAUACUGAACCCCUAUUUUCAAUUAACACAAUAUUCCUUCAAUGUUGUUGAUCGUCGGGUUUCUGAGCCUAUAGGACCUGUGACCUGAUUUUUCGCUUCUUAGACAAAAAUAGGCAUUUUUUGUUCCCACUUUACAUGAGAGAAUGAAUAGUAAAUAUGUUGCAGCUGAUUCAAACUAGGGAACUCGUUGUUAAUGAGCUCUGUUCCUGCAGCCAUAUUUUUUACCUUUAUAUAUAUAUAUAUAUAUAUAUAUAUUUCUCUUAUUUCUAGCACUCUACUCUCCAUCGAAUUGAAAUCAACUAUUUAAUAUCUACUCUGUAAUGUUAAGUACCGACGUUGGGAACUAAGUUUUUUGUAGUUUUAUAGUUGACUGAUCCUUUAUCUGAAAUACGAGUCUAUAUCUGCCGUCAUUUAAGUUUUCCCCUGAAGUUUUGUAUCUGAAAAUGAGCCAUGUACUUUAUGUCAACUCAUACUCUAUCGGAAUGUGAUAAGAAAUGGAAAUAUUUUAUUGGAGAUCUCGUGGCGCUGGGAUGCACAGUUGGAUAUUUAAACACUGCAUGGUUCACUUUAGUAGUUACCAGAGUGUUUUGAUAAUUUAUUUGUUAUCCUUUUUGGUUUAUUUUUCAGGACUCCCCAACACUUUCUUCUGGUCGUCGCUGCCUUGCGGAAUAUCUUUGUUCUUCGCUAAUUGAUGGUGCUUCUGAAUCCCCUUGCAAACUCUCUGAAGAGAUAAUAAGAUGCAUGUCUUCGAUAUACAUUAAACUUUCUGAUCAGGCACCGCCUCAAAUAGACUCGUUUGCCUCACCCACGUCAUCGUUAUCAUCCUCAAGUGCAUUUUCUCUCCGGGAUACAAAUGAUCCUUGGAACCUAAUGUUUCGUGAUGGAGCUGCCAUCGAUUCUCGUCGCUCAGAAGUGUUGAAGAACAAGCAAGGUCCAUACACUGAACAGCUAGAAGUUCUGAAGCUUUGCGUAGAUGGCGAUAAAUUUAACUAUGCAGAAGCGAUGCUGCAACGUUUCAAGUGAGUAUCAACUCCAUUCCGUUGACUUGUAUGCCUAUUUCUUUUCUGUCUGCCCUAGUAUAUCUUUGUUAUCAUUUCCGUUGACUAAGGUCAUCAUAUAAUUGGAAAAUGGUCAUGGUGACUGCCCUAGUAUAUCCUUGGAUUCGCUCGAGGGACUGUACUUAUUGAUUUUAUGUGGGAAUAGACUUCAUGAGAUUUGGUUUUGUUCAGGUUGGGUUUAUGAAUGAAGUGAAAUCUGGCGUCGAUUCUCUAAAUGGGAAUGAUUAUGUUUCAGGUCUUUGAUCCAUCGCCUGGAGAAGGUUAACCCAACAAAGAUGGAGCAUGAGGGGAAACUUGCAUUUUGGAUCAAUGUUCAUAACGCCUUGGUGAUGCAUGUAUGUCUCUCCCCACCUCAUUUUUUCAAUCUUCCACCUCAUUUUUUUGAUAUCCGUGAUGAUACAUUUUCCAUUUUCUGCUCGUGAUAUGUUAUAGGCAUUUCUAGCUUAUGGGCUUCACCAAAACUAUAUAAGAAGCACAAGUACAAUCAUGAAGGUGGCCAGUUGACAACAAUAUUCACACGUUGCAUUCCAUUUUUAGCUUAAACUAGAAUAUGCUGACGUCUCAUUGAUCUUUCUCAUUCAGGCAGCGUAUAACGUUGGUGGGUCUUCUGUAAAUGCUUAUGUAAUUCAAAGAUCCAUUCUUGGAUGUCAACCACAUCGCCCUGGACCGGUAUGAUAUAUAUUCAUCGCUUCUUUUUGGAUUCCUUCGUUUUCGCGAUCAUUUGGGAGAAGCCAAAUCUCACUUCCGCGCUUCUUUUCAUUUCUAAGGCUGAUAAGACCAGGCCGGGCCUCCCCCCAUGUUCAACCAUAGAUUGAGUCCAUGUUAGGUCAUAGAUUGAGUUCAUUAUUGGAAAUAUUUCCAAAUUCAAAAUUUUAGAAACUAUAUUCACAAGGAACAAUUCACACGGCACUUUCUUGUCAUUUCUCGUAGAAAUAACGAUUUUUCAUAUUUUUACAGGAAAAAAAAACAGAAAAACACAUUGUGGUAGUUAAAUAUCUCUAAAACUAAUUGCUUGCAAAUGCCAUCAUUUUCCCUGAAUAAAUCUCACAGUUCUGGUUAAUAUUUUUGAACUUUAUGGAGGAAAAAAAGAUAAAAUGACAAUACAUAUUGGCUUUCUUCUUUCAUUUUUAGGGUAAAUUAAUUAAUAAUAAAAAAAUUAUUCUUUCAUUUUUGGUGUCGUUGCCGUUACACACUAUAAUCGAAUCUUUUAAUCUUUCAUCGUCAAAAUAGUUUUUUUACCGUAAAUUGAGCUGCAAUUCUUUAACUCUAUACUCAGAGGCUACAGAGCCUGUUUAUGCGAUCUGAGAAGUUCCACAAGCUUCACGAGAAGCACCCUUAUGCACUCAGUAAGAGGGAGCCAUUGGUCCAUUUCGCCCUUUGCUUGGGAGCUCAUUCCGACCCAGCUGUACGAAUUCCAAUCCUCCCUCUUUCCCUCCUCUCUCUCUCCUCUCUCUCUCUCUAACGCAAAAGUGGGCAAAGAGAUCUCAUUACCUGUUCUGCCCCUUGGCCGCAAAUAGGUCCGGGUCUUCUCGUCCAAGAACAUACUCAAAGAGCUUGAGCUCGCAAGGGACGAGUUUCUCCGCGCCAAGGUCUCAAUCCACAAGGAAACCAAGAUACUCCUGCCCCAGAUCCUGAGGCACUACGCCAAGGGCGCAUCCUUGGAUCUCCCCUCUCUCAUGGAGAUAGUCCACAACUCCAUGCCCGAGCCUCAGAAGAAGGCCAUCAAGAGAUGCGUCAGAGGAAACCCAGAGAAACGUAUCCAGUGGCUGCCACACAGAGCAAGUUUCAGGUACAUGGUACACCAAGAUCUGCUCAAAGAUUAA